GAUACGUGACAGGGCAACACAAUUGCCUAACAUGACGUUUGCCCAAGUGGUUGACCAAGGGUUGAAAGGAGAGAAGCAAUGGGAAGAAAGGAAGAAGAGAGACGCCGAGGAGGCGAAAAAGAGAAAGUGGGAGAGUCAUGGCUCCCAAGGUUCCAACAAAAAGGGGAACCACGGAGGAGGAUCUUUCCGGGCACCACCGCCACCAUAUAGGGGGAACCAAGGCCCGAGUGGGCAAGGCGCGAGGUCACAAACCUCAGUGGUAGCUCGUUGCAACAACUGCAAGAAGAACCACUCCGGUAAAUGUCGCGACCCCCUAGAUGUUUUCAAUGCGGGGAUGCCGGGCAUUUGAAGGCACAUUGUCCACAAUUGAGUGGGGCAAGGACAUCGGGACCGAGUAGCGGUCCGACGGGUACACGGAAUCAAACCGGGGCUUCUCAAGCAAGCCGGGGACACGGGGGGGCAAGUACAAGCAACGCGCCAUCCGUGAACCAAGGGAGGACCCAGGCUAGGGUCUAUGCGAUGACGGAGGCGGAUGCUCAAGCUAACCCGGACUCCGUCGCAGGUUGAGGCUAGAGCUUGCAUCCUGUGCUCGUUGAUCGAGUGAUUCCUCGGAGAGAAGACUUGGUUCGUGCUUCCUCCAUUCUAUUUGAAACAUUAAUAAAUUUGCUCAUGGAUAUUUUACUAUAGAGCCUGCGUGCUCAUGAAUAGCCCGGUGUGGCCUUUUGUUUUAAACAAUGUUUUCCGCUGUGUUAUGAAUUACUUAUUAUGUUUGUUUAUGGAUGUUAUAUGUGUGAAUGAUAUUCAUGACGCCUUGUAUAA